AUGCUAUACUCUACCUCUCGCCCCCAGCAUAGAGUCCUAUGUAACAUCAUACGCUUAUAUCCGCAUUCGGAGAGGCUUUUUGCGUCCCGCUCGCAUAAAAAGCCCAGACAUGUUAACGACAAGCAAACGAAACCGUUAGAAACUCCUCCAAAACUUGUCGAUAAGUACCCAGACACUGUCAAGGGCGCCCGUACAGAGCAUGUUAUCACCAAGAUCAAACCACCCUAUGGCUCAUCUCCAAGCGUGAUACCUAUACCCACGAGCUCCUUCGCACCAGAAUCAUUCAGAGAUAUUUCCGAGUCUUAUUAUCGCUCACUAUAUGACUCUCAUACACCCAGGCUUCAAUGGACGCGGAUGGUAGCUAACCUUGUGGUACAAUAUUGUCCAGAGAAACCUACACAUCCUAUUAUAAGCCUUUUACCGGAUCAUCCACUCGUGGUCGCUACUGUCGAGCUCCUCCGCAAGGGCCUUUAUCAACGCGCUGUUAUACUGUUGGAUCGAAUCUUCCAAGGGAGGAAGAAAGCAAGACAGGAGUUUGGCACAUUAUUCUUCUCUCCUCGAGCGCUCGGGAUCCUAGUGGACGCAUCAUUGGAAUUUAAAGCAUAUCGUUUGAUCCCUUUCAUCGCGCGGGAGCUUGCACGUACCCAUUCCACUCAACCAGCCCGAGAUAGCCCCUUGGCUCGUAGUCUGAUCAUCGUCUACGAAAAGCUGAUGGAUGCCUACUAUCAAUUGGAUGAUUUUCAAUCGGUUCUCUCAUUAUAUUCUACGUCCUACAAGGCCCAAGUGUACAUGAGCCGGAUCAUGUUCAAGCGAGCAAUUCAAUCACUCUUCAAGCGAUUUUUUCCUUCUCCGAAUGAUCACCGACGUUAUUCUAUCCCCCGCUCGCAUCCGCUGCCCGAUGGGUUAAAAGCUCAAGUUAAUCAACAGCCGAAUAACCCCCCACCUAUUGGCUCUAUACUCGAGCAGCUCCGACGCAUUCUUAAUCAUAUGGCUUUAGAAAACCUGGUGCCCGACUCGAGAUUGUUGGCAGACAUCUUUCGAGGACUUGGGGCCAUAUUGAAGCUUGAAACCCAAGGGGUAGAGGCUGAUUUUGAUGUCUCAGGAGGCCAGGAGGAGGUUCACGAAGCUCUCGGCAUUCCAGCUCCUCGAGGCUCUGCUCCCGCAUUCAGACUUGAAAACUUGGUCCUCGACGAGGCUACAUGGUCCACCGUAGGAAGAAUAAUCAACAGCAUUCUCGGACAAGCUAUGGAUUCAAAUAGCUCUCAGCGACCCGGUGACGAGGGGCGGAUGAUGCUUUUAAUGGCUUGGGCCGAUGUUAUGCUCUCAUUGCGUGAAGAUAUUGCUGAUUCUAUCGUUCGGACCACUGGCUCUAAAUCCAAAUUAAAGGUACUUUCGAGUCGAGUCAACGAACUGCUUAGUACCAACCAAGCUUGGAAUUACCAGCGUACUUUUGAUCGACUUGCACGGACAUCAUCCCUUCGGCCUCAUCACGAAAACUCAUUCGGCGAGAUCGGUUCUGAGCUGGACCCUGCCCUCGAUUUACCCGUUGGUCCCGCUCCAGGACAGUGGCCCAUAUCUAGGACUCUAAAUGAAGCUCAGAGAAUUUCACUCCUUGUCCGCGAUCGCCUAGUCGAGGGUGACUCAGUUGCUGCCAUACUACACUUUCAUUCCCUCGCAUCCUUGUCCGGUGCUUUCCGCAGGCUUUGUGCCGCCGUGAACCCCGAAGAUGCACCAUCGCUAUUCAUCCAUAGCACUGGAGAUGGUUAUCAGCGCCCCCCAGAGGUGGUUCUUGCCGAGGUCCUGCAGGAGCUCGAAAUGCGCGUUGAAAGCGUGUACGUCCGCCUUGCGGGACAUGCGCUGCGCACUGGCGAUUCGAGCUACGUAAACGAUGUUCUGGAGCUCGCAUACACGUUGCCUCCACGCGACGAUAAACGCACAUUCUCACGAGUGUGGAAACGAGCCAUGUCAGCGUUUGUGAAAUGGCGUACCGAAUGGUAUGGGUCGGGUGGCAUUGGACGAGCGUUUAGAACUUUGGCUCAUCUCCUCGGUAUCAAUUUUGGACCCAUGGAAGGAGCGCAACACAUAAAAGCGGUCUCUCAAGCAAUUCCUCGGGCUAUUGUAAACCCAAAUCCUGAAUUAUUUGAUCUUGGUUGGCUCCGAGAAAAACAGUCAUGGUCGGACCUAGGGCGCAACGUUUUUGCACGACCUUACGUUAUUAGCGCUCUCAUUGAAAAGGCUGAGAAGACUACAUCUGCCCAUUUGCGAACAGAAGCCAGGUCCAAUGAAAAAACCGUCACCAGGCAUCUACAGGGCGCCCAACUUCUGUCAGCAGAGGCAAAUGUCCGGAGAACUAUACGAGAAGGGAGGGGAAACCAGCCACGUUCUCUGCCACGCUCUACAGACCAUUCCCCGAGUGAUGGAGGGCUAGGAGUACAUGCGAGGGAAGGAGCCACUAAUUUGCGUGGAGAAAGUGGGGACCAUACCCGUUUGGGUAAUCCCAACAUACUCGAACACCCUAUGCGGAACUCUCAGGAUGGUGUCACGCCUAUUGCGAUGCUGAUCAGUGUUCUAGGUGCAUUAAAAGUACCGAUGACAAGCGGUGAGGCUGAGAGACUCAGAUAUUACAACCCGACGCACGAGAGCAUGACACAGAACACUACAUCCACUGCUACUACGAAAUAA